AUGUGGAAGCGGCCGCUGCGGGACGUCGUGGUGCGUUGCCACGUGGGCAACUUGCGCCUGUCUGGUGUGAUGGCACGCAAUGUAGUGGACGAAAUGGCGCGGCGGUGGCACCUCCCGCUGGUCUCGGAAGGCGCAAAGCUCUGGGGCGAGUACAUGGCCGGUACGACCAUGUUGAGCUCGUUUUUCAAGGGCGAGGAGCGUGUCAAGGUGGUGGUAAAGACGUCCAGUGUCCAGGAACUGUACGUCGAGGCCAUGGCAGCUGGAGAAGUUCGAGGCAAAGCUGUCUAUGAAGACGUGCUUGAUGCUGGUACGCUGGAAACGGGAGGCGUCAUGCAUGUCUCGAAGGUUCUGUACGGUGCCGCCACGCCAUACAACACCUCCGUCGAGGCAUCGGGAAUUCCUGAGCUGGAUUGGCAGAGGUUCUUUGAUGUGUCGGAGCAAGUUCCGACUAUCGUCCGUAUCGAUAGUGAAGCAGACCGUGACCAUGCACGCACUUGUGGUCUGAUUGUCCAGCAAAUGCCCAAAGCUGAAGCUCAUGAGCGCCACUACGAGCUGGAUGAGCUGGCUUUUGACAACCUCCCAUUUUUAGCUACUGAGCUGAAGAGGAACACUGAUCUGCUGGAGUAUCUGAACGAAUUGGUGCCAGGGGCUGAGAUCACGGAGAAACAGUGUAAGCUGGUACCGUUGGAUUAUUUCUGCCGCUGCUCGAAGGAGAACUACGCUCAACGACUUGGAGCCAUGUCUGCCACUGAUCUGGAUCAUGUUGCUGCAGAAAUGGGCGAGAAGGGCGUCGAUCUCACCUGUCAUUUCUGCAAUGACGUACACCACUUCUCUGCUGAUGAGUUAAAAAACGUGAUCAAGUCGUUGUCGUGA